CUGUCUUCCUGCACUGGAUCGAAAUCGACCCCAUUACACGCUGGAGCUUGGUUCCAUUUCCUUUUCGAUCUGAAGCAGCUAGAUCUCAUUUUCAACUCUACAUCCCGAAAGUGAUGGUCCUGAUGGAUCUGCUUCUGUUUUUUGAGGAUGCAUUUAAUUGAAGAAGGAAUGGAAGGAACAGACAUCCAAGCCAUUCAAACUAUGCCAAGUGGUGACCGUCCUAGAACUAAAUGGACAUCAACAAUGGACCGCUAUUUUAUUGACAUUAUGAUAGAACAAGUGCAUAAAGGGAAUAAAAUUCGGAAUACAUUUCGAAAAAAGGCAUGGGAAGACAUGGUUGUUUUGUUCAAUGCAAAAUUUGGAUCACAGUUGGACAAGGAGAUUUUACGGAAUCGAUCAAAGAAGUUGAGGCUUAAGUAUAAUGCUGUGAAGGUUCUUCUUGACCAAAACGGAUUUCAUUGGGAUGAGACACGAAAAAUGGUUAUAGCAGAUGAUCAUGUCUGGGAUGAUUAUCUUAAGGUACACCCGGAGGCACAAACAUACAGAACCAAAACAGUGCCAAAUUAUAAUGAUUUAUGCAUAAUCUAUGGAAAGGAAGCUGUUGAUGGAGCAACUGAUUGUUCAGAUCACAAUGUUAAGCUUGAUAAUGGUAUCUCAGGAAUGGAGAUUGUUGCAGUUACUGCAGAUCCACAAUCUCCUGCAGUACCAACUGGCCGUGAAGAUCUUUGUUUGGUAAGAUGUCCUGAAAGGAUAGAAGGAAUGGAUAAUCAAGUCCCCUCCAGUAGUGAGCGUUCAAGGACAAAUUGGACUCCGACGAUGGACCGUUAUUUCAUAGACAUUAUGAUAGAACAGGUUCAUAAAGGGCAUAAAAAUGGUAAUAUAUUUCGUAAAAAAGCAUGGGAGGAAAUGGUUGUAUCCUUCAAUGAAAAAUUUGGAUUCCAUUUGGACAAGGAAGUCCUGAAAAACCGCCACAAAAAAUUGAGGCUGCAAUAUAAUGCCAUGAAGAUUCUUCUUAGCCAUGGCGGGUUUCACUGGGAUGAAACAAGACAAAUGGUAACAGCUGACAAUAGUGUUUGGGAUGAUUAUCUGAAGGUUCACCCUGAAGCACGAUCAUAUAGAACUAAGACUGUCCCAAAUUAUAAAGAUAUGUCCGUGAUAUAUGGAAACGAAACUGCUUACCAUGGAUCAGUUGAUGAUGCAAAUCUUGCUGAUGACACUCCUAAAGUCAAAAUUUCUGGAGUUUCAGGGGCUUCACAAUCACCAGCUGUGUCUGUUGUUCCUGGAGAUCCAGGUGUGGUAAGGACUUCCCUAUUUGUUGGAGGAAUGGAUAACCAAGACCCUCCAAGUAUUGAUCAUUUGAAGACUAACUGGACUCCUCCAAUGGAUCGUUAUUUCAUGGAUAUUAUGUUAGAACAGAUAAGUAGUGGGUGCAAGAUUGGUAGUGCAUUUCGAAAAGAAGCAUGGACACAAAUGCUUGCACUGUUCAAUUCAAAAUUUGGAUUAGAACUAGACAAGGAUGCUUUGAAGAAUCGACAUAGAAAAUUGAGGAUGCAAUACAAUGCUAUGAAAACUCUUCUGGACCAUAGUGGGUUUUGCUGGGAUGAAACACGACAAAUGGUUACAGCUGCAGAUAUUGUUUGGGAUGAUUAUCUCAAGGCACACCCAGAAGUGCGAUCAUAUAGAACUAAAACUCUGCCAAACUAUAAUGACUUGUGUGUGAUAUACGGAAAUUCAAGUACUGAUGGAAGACACAGCUGUUCCGGGCAUGAUGCUGAUCCUGAAGACACCCCAGGGGUGAAAAUUGAAGUAGAGGGGCCACAGUCACCAACCUCUGCUGCCCAUGGAGAUCCAGUGAUUGAUACACAAGAAUCUUCAUCGUAUUCAGCUGGGGCCGUGGAUACAUUGAAUCAACAGAACAAGCGCCCAAUUGUAGCACCAUUGACCUUUGCAAAUUCUAGAAAAAUGCCAAGGAACACUGAUGAGUGUAUGAUAGAAGCUCUUCGUGAAAUGGCACAUGCAGUUACAUCAUUGGCAAAUAAAAAGAAAGACAAUGAGGUCCCUAGUACACUAGAAAAGGUAGUUAAUGCACUUCAGGCUAUACCAGAUAUAGAUGAAGAUCUCUUUUUAGAUGCUUGUGAUCUGCUGGAGGAUGAACAAAAAGCAAAGAUGUUUCUGGCUCUGGAUUCCACAAUCCGCAAGAAGUGGUUGAUGAGGAAGCUUCGGCCUUAGUGACCUUACCUAUCGGGUGAUAUUUAACUAGUAGUUUGUUUUUUCGGAUGUGCAUUGACUUGUUAACUUAUUGUUCGUAGCGAGUACUGUGGAAAUCAGUGUCUUCUAGUAUUUUUUGAUAAAAAGAACUGAAUCUUCAACUAAUGUUAAUGUUGAAUUUUCUGCUUAUCUAACAAUUCUCAUCCAAUGUUUUCCUUGUACUUCUUGUAAUUAGACUGGUAACUGUUGGCAGCAGUAGAGAUCUAUAAUAUACAUUGAGUUCUUACGGUUCAUUUA